UAAAUAUAUUAUAUCCAUUUAUAUAGGGUGUACAUUUUUAGAUUUUGUGCUACGUGAGAAAUAUUGUAAACUAUAAUUAAAAAUCAUUUAGUUUAUAACGUUCAAUCUAAAAUACUUAUUGCAAUAUUGAAGUAUACCUUUAAAUUUUAAUGCAGAAUAAAGAAAAAUAUUGAAAGUGAAUAUUAUAUUACUUUGUGAACAUUCAUAAUUCAUUGUUUUGCGCUGGAGUCUAAUAAAAAACGGAGAAAAUGAAGAAAAAAGAUUGGUUUUAUACCUCAUUCAAAUUUAAGCGAACCGAAAGCUAAAUUUUGAUCACGUCACAUAAAUAAUGAUGCGACUGUGAACAGAUGCGUGUAUACGCGCUUGUAUAUGCAACACGUAUAUGUUCAGAUAUGUGCAACUAUAUACGUAUAUAUGUACAGUUUUGUCUUCCAAUCGUCUCGCAAUUCAGCAGGCGCGAUGCAACAUUAAGGAAGUCAGAGAAAGAUUGUGUUUAUUCUAAUUGGUUACCGAUUCGCUAUUACAAUAGUGCUGCCCUCACGGCCAUAAACAAAAAGAGGUAGUGGUGAGCGAGCGAGAGGGCACACGUGCGCACUGCGCACAAAUAUAUGUGAUCGAACAGACUACGGACUUAGGAAUUUCUAAUUCCGUGAAACAAACGGACCUGCAACAUAAGAUAACUUGUCUUACUCUUAUUGUUCAUGUUUUUUUCAAUAACAAAAGCCUGCAAUACAAAACGAAAAUAUUAUAAAAGGCGCGUAUUAAGUUUCGUUUAACUUAAUUUAUGUAUACACUAUCUGUCCGGCUUCAUACAUGAAAGUUUGCUUUGGUUCUGUCUUCCUCAUUCAUCAGUUUUUCUCUUUCUUGAAGGAUUGCGCGCGAUUGUAUGCGCGUUGAAAUAGUAGGGGUAAAAACCGUGACGCUGGAGAGAUCGCCUAGCCGAGCGCGACAUUGGAGAGGCAAUGUUGUACUUGAUAGGUUUCUCGCGUAAUGUGGGAUCUAUGAAAAAGAUUCACGUGGGGGACCUGUUCAGGAUUCGAACUCUGAUAUCGUCUGUACGAGGCAAGAGUACUAUAUAGUGUGCCAUCGAAGCUCCACUGUUCUUUCUUAUUUUUCCGGGUCUUUUCUUUGGCUGUAUUCGCCCAUAGGAGGCGCUCGGAAUAAUCAGUGCGAAGAAGAGCGUACAAGUGAAACGAUGUUGUAACUAACGGCCAAAAUGGAAGAGCAAAGCGUUCACAGCAGUAUCAGUGAUAUAAAUAGUGAAGAGGCAGUUAGAAGUGAGCCUGUAAUUAUUCCACGUAAAAAGCGAAUAUGCUUAAUUGGUGCAGCUGGAGAUGAUCCUGCACUUGGUGCUGCUGCUCAGCAGUUUAGUGUACCUGUCCUUAAAUCAGAAACUGGUUUAGAAUAUGUAGAAGAUACAACAUAUUGUACUUAUUUUAUAUUAAAACAGUUUGAGGGACCUGAAUAUGAUGCUCUCCAUAAAAGUGCUCAUAGAAUAUUGGGACCGACGGCGCUUCUGCAAUUGGCAGAAAGAAAGGACACAUUACCUAGUAUUAACAGACCUAUGUAUACACAAGCUAUGGUAGGCAUGGUGGUAGUAUUUACUGGAUUUAGGAAAAAGGAUGAAUUGACUAAAUUGAUCAACAUGAUCCAUAACAUGGGUGGAAGUAUUAGAAAAGAAAUGGGUGCAAAAGUGACGCAUCUCAUUGCUAAUUGUUGCGGUGGAGAUAAGUAUAGAUAUGCUGUCACAUUUCGGGUACCAGUAAUGUCUAUGGAUUGGGUGACAGCUUUAUGGAAUGCCAAAAACGAUAUUUUCAUUUAUGGAAAUAGUGAAGAACUGAUCACUACUUAUAAGCUGAAGCCAUUUUUUGGUGCAAAAGUAUGUUUCUUUGGUUUCCCCGAAGAAGAAAAACGUCACAUGUGUGAAGUUUUGCAACAACAAGGUGGUGAAUCUACUGAAAUUGACGAUCCAAAUUGUACACAUGUGGUAACAGAUGUAGGAAGUGGUGAAUACAAGAAACGCAACAAUGCUUUUGACAUGCUAUCAUACACUAAAAAUCCUAAUUACAUUCCACACUAUUACACAAAAACAAAACCAUUUUCCUUUACCUUUUACAAUCCAUAUACUAAUACUAUCCCUAACACAAAAACAGUAAAUUUAUCACAUACCUGCAAUAUUAAUUACGCGAAAAUGUCAACAAAAUUGAACACUAAAUAUUUCUUGCAUCGUUUGUCUUCUUCUUUGCCACAGUCUCUAGACUACAAAGAAAGUAAAUUUAAUUAUUCCAAUUCAGAUAAUAUUAGUCAAGACUCGGCUAUUUGUAUGGAUGAUAAUUUCUGUGAUGGUACAAAUUUACCAGAUGAGUCUUAUAUGUCUGAAUUUUCUAUUCCACGAGCAGAUUCAGGCAUUGAUAUGUCUUCAACAAAGAACUCUUACAACAAAACUCAAGCAAGAGGUUUAAUUGUAUCAGAACAAACUAAUUUUCCUGCAAUACUUACGACAUUGGAUUCUAUAUUUUUAUCUUCAUUAGCUAACAACGCAAAGAAGCCAGAAGAUACUAUAUCUGAUAUUUCAUGUGAUAAUACUGGUAAUGAAAAUGUAGAGGAUGAAUUGAGGCCUCAUAACUUCCAAUCUUCUACACUCUGUAAAAAAAGAAUUAUUCCAUAUGCAAAUAAUCACCAUUUUGAUACCAAGUCACAAUUGUUGAAAUCUUGCAAAAAUGCACAGUAUUCGCAGAGCUCUCUUUUUCUUAAUAGGAAAAUUAUAACUCCUAGACGGUAUAUUAAAUGGCGAAAAGUAAAGUCUUGCGUUGCAAUUCAUAAAAUUGAUUCUCCAGACAAAAUUAAAUUUAAAAGAAUUUAUUCUCACCCUAAUUUAUUUAGACGAUUUGACGCGGAACUUAAUGAUUCUCUUUUACAUAACCCUCUAACACCAAUGACAAAGAAAAAAAGUUUUUUGAAUACACGUAAAUUGAGUUCAUCUAUGUUGUCAAAGCUUAGCCAUAUAAAUUUGCCAUUAUUUAAACAGUAUGUAGUUAGUCCUUCCAAAAAGACUCUAGAAACUCAUCCGAGACAGAAAUAUACUCCCUUGCCAAGUCCUCUCCCUGUACUUGCAAAGGUAGCAAAGUUAUCAAGUACUGAAUAUGGUUUGAGAAGUACGUUUACAUCUUGCGGAAAAUAUUUGAAUCUUUCUUCUAAAACUUGUGAUUCAGAAGAUGAUUAUGUAAAAUGUGAACAAUCAGAGGACACACAAUUAUUCUCGGUUGUGGAUGAAUCAAAUGUGAAUGCAUUACCGGAUUUGGCUUCUGUAAGAGCUCAUAUCGUAAAAGCUGAAUGGUUUUGGACAUCUGUGCAAAAUGAGGGUGCGGCUGAUGAAAAGGAAUAUUUAUUUGAAGAUUAUUUGGAAUCUGUUCUAUCGCCAACGAUAUCAUCUAGACGUGAUAGCCAACAAACAACUACUCCAAGCACAGCAUCUACAAGACGAAAACGUAAACGACUAGCAGAAACUUUGUCUAGUUUGGUUCAAAACGGAGCAGAUUCACCAGCUCUACAUAAAAGGCGAUCCAGCAUUAGUGAUGCCGGUCUUUUGAGUGUUAGUGGAAGCUUUCUUGAUUGCACAGCAAGCCCAGAUAAGCCAUUACUUGAUGAAGUGGAAGCUGUGAAUACUGAUAGCUCUAGAAAAAAUUUAUCACCUCGUCAUCAAGUUUUCUUAGAGUUAGUGCAAACUGAGUCGAAUUAUGUUGGCAUUCUCAGUACAAUUAUGACGUUGUUCAAAUCACCAUUAGAAGAUCUCAUAGAUACAAGUGGCGAGUUGUUAAACGGUACAGAAGCUAAAAUUAUAUUUGGUAAUUUUCCACCUAUUUAUGACGUUCAUAAAAAGAUGUUAGAAGAAUUAAGAUAUAGUGCAACACACUGGAUGGAGGACAUUAGUAUAGGCAAUAUAUUUCUAAAGUUUGCACCAGACCUAGUCAAGGCAUAUCCACCGUAUGUCAACUUCUUCGAAAAUACAAAGGAAAUGCUCGACCAAUGUGAUCAAAAUAAACCGCGAUUUCAUGCCUUUUUGAAGGUUUGUCAGACAAAACCUGAAUGUGGCCGACAAAGUUUGAAGGAGUUGUUGAUUAAACCAGUACAAAGGUUACCCAGUAUUAGUCUAUUAUUAAAUGAUAUCCUUAAACAUACAAAUAAAAAUAAUCCAGAUCAUAGCGCAUUGGAGUUAUCAAUUAGCAGUAUUAAGGAAGUCAUGACGUACAUAAAUGAAGAUAAAAGAAAAACCGAAGGUCAAUUAGUUAUGUUCGACAUUUUUAAUGAAAUUGAUAAUUGUCCGCCGCAUUUAGUUUCCUCACAUCGAUCAUUUAUUGGUAAAUGCGAUGUGAUGGAACUUAGUGAAGGUUUGAGUGGGCGUGGUGAUCAUUUAGUCUUAUUUCUGUUCACUGAUACACUCGAGAUAUGUAAAAAAAGAUCAAAAGCCUUCAAUUCAUUAAAAAGUCCUAAUACAGCAAACGGAUUGCAUGCAACCAAAUUAAGUCAAGGAAAACCAUAUAAACAUAUUAAAAUGUUAUCACUCAGUACAAUAAAAAAAGUUGUGGACAUACGAGAAACUGACGAAUGUCAUAAAGUAUUUGCCUUAAUGGUGAGAAGUAAUCAGGAGUUAAAAGAAAAGCUAUUUUCAUUUACGAUUACUGAUGAAGAAGUAAAUAAAACAAAUUAUUUACGGACUUUGUGUAGGCAAAUGGCGAAUACAGUAUGUAAAGCUGAUGCGGACACGUUCCUGAUAAGUCUUGAUUCGCAUCAACUUGAAAUUGACACAAGUGAUGUAGCAUUAGGAACUUUAAGUAAAGCAUUUAAGUUUGCGUCUCGUACAAGGAUGAAAGUCGGCAGAGCGUUUAGUUUUAACAAAACUCCAAGUAAACUGAAAAGAGCAAUGUCAACAAUGAUGUCACCAUUUGGAUCAACGAAUAGUCUGACUCCUGCAAGUCAACAGCUAGCACAGAUGCGGCUUGCUAGUUGCAACAAUAUUAACGAGCUGGGUAAUGGUGGUUCAGGCUCGCCAUCUAGAGAUGAUGUUCUAGUAGCACCCAUGUCGGUUCAGCCGACACGAAAGGCCAAAUGCAGUUCCCUCAGUAUGGCUUCGUUAAGAAGGUUGUAAUUAGUAUGUCAAAAGCAAUGCAAUUUUUUCUCUCACUGCUAUUGCAUAACCACAUUUGGUCAUCUUGCCCAUUGUUAUUGUGCCUUAAAUUUCUUUCAUUUUAUGUUUAUUCGUAUUUUAAAACACAAUAAUUAAGAGAUCCAUAUACGUAAAUAUUCUUUGCACAGUGAUAUAAGCAUAUCAGUAUACAGAUGCAUAAAAUCAUUUGAUUUUCAGUAAUUCUAAAGACUGGAUUGAAAUUUCUAGUUAUAUGUAUAUUUCAAAUAAUGUAAAGUAAUUAUUACUAAAUAGACUGUAAAUGUGUUGCAGAAAUUUAUUAGUUCAUUUGGAGAGACUCAAAUGAAGACUUAUGAAUAACAUGUCGUAAUUUAUGUUAUGGAUUAAAAUACUCAUAUUUGGUCAGGAAUAGCCUUCCAUAUUCAUUGUAAAACUUGCAUUUUUUUUCAAGUACAGUGUUCACUGUUAUUUACUUUUGAUCAUAUCUAAUGACAUUCUCUGGUGUCGAGCUUCGUGUGUAUAUACAUUUUUGAAACAGAAACAAAAUUGAUGUGUAAUGUUUUUUGCGGUUUAUAUUGUACAAUACAAUAGUUUGCAAUAACUUUUCUCUUAGGAUCAUGAUUACUCUUAAGUAUCCAAUUAGUGUUUUCAACCAUUGUAGAAACGAUACUAACAAUGGUGACUAUUAGCAUUACUUACAUGGUCAUAAUAACAACUAAUUUAAUAUGUAGCUUAACUAAUACAUAUUUAUUUAACGAUUUUAGGUUUUCAUUCUAUGCAGUUUGUAUUCCUAAACUGAACGUCCUCGCUUGUUACAUUCUUUUGGUUUGACGCAAUACAAUACUUGUAUUUAGUGUUUUCUGUCAAUAUUUGUUUUAUAUUUAAAUCUCUUCACCAACUCGAUUUACAUUUUUUAGAUAAAUUUUACUUCAGAAUACUAUGUAAAACAUGCCAUCGAAUUGGAAUGUGUUCAGUAUUUGUUUAUGAUAAAAGAGUUGGUGUAGUUUUUUUGUGUUCCAUAUAUUUCCAUAGUCAUUUUGACUUUGCUUUGUUUAUCCUCCAGAAAUUGUUCAGACGAAGUCAUGCAGGACAAAUCCGAUCUUUGAACUACAGGGCUUAAGUAAUACGCAAGUAUGUUGUACCUAUUUCUUUGGUGUCAGUGAAUGGUUUGUGUGAGACAUUAGAGAGGCUUGGAUAUGUUGAUGGGAAGAUAGAAAAUAUUUGUGCAAACAACAGAUGAAAGAUAAAUAUCUGUUAAUUUUCUAAAACUGACGUUCAAUUUUCUACUUGCCUUGUGCCAACAGAACCAUGUGUGUUUUAUAGAGAAAAUGUACAUUGCCAUUUAUGCUUUAAGAAGCUACAAUUAUAUUAUGUAUAUUAACGA